UAUAGACUAAGCUACGCCACAUUAAAGUCAUUAUAUGUUGUGUAGGCGAAUUUAUAUUGUCAGUAACUUUGUCUGAUAUGACUGAGGAUCACAGUAUUGACAAAUGAAGCCUGCUACAGCUUUGAAGAUUUCCUCUGAUUGUUUCGUUAGAUUUGAAGCAUCAGGAGUGUGGAAGCCAUCUUGUGAUUAAAACUCCGAUGUUUUUGUUGUAUCCAUUAAGCACAAAUAAAAGCCUGACAACGCUUAAUGUCUUCAGUUUUCUGAUAAGAUAAUUCACAGAUUAUAGUGUGGCAAUAAAUGAAGUGCUUAAAACUGCUUAAAAAGUGUUUAAAACUAAAGAACGCGACAUAACCCGACUUCGUUCAAAGUUUCAGACGCAGAUCUGCGCAGCUCAGCAAGACGAAACUAGAGGGAGAAAUCACUGUAUAAUAAAGUGGAUUGUUUAUUGUUAUUCUGCAUUUCACUAAUCCAAGUACACACAGAGACACGUACAAAGCAGUGGGCCGCCAUUUUACCUCAACUAAUAAUCACAGCCAGAUUCACCACACUUUGAUCGCAGUGGAGAGAUUCGCCCAUUACUGAUCUGCUUUAAGUCUUAAUCAUGUCGUCCUCAAGCACCAAAACAGAGACACAAGUGGGUUUCUUCAAGCAUUUCCCUCACUAUAACCCGUUAUCAUGUCUAUGCAACAUCUCCAGAAACUGCACCACUUAUUGUGUGGAAUAACGGGACACGGGACAGUACGCUGCAGUGAGUGAGUACAGAUGCGGGACAUAAAGUGCGUGGUUGUUGGGGAUGGAAUUGUGGGAAAAACAUGUCUUCUCAUCAGCUACAUCAACAAUGUCUUUCCAGAGGCGUUUAUCCCCACUGUUUUUGAAAAUCAUUCUGUCAGUGUGACUGCUGAUGGGAAGCCAGUAAAACUGGGACUGUGGGACACAGCAGGGGUGGAGGAUUAUGACAGGCUUCGACCAGUUUCCUACGUGAACACAGAUGUGUUCUUGAUCUGUUUCUCUCUUGAUAGGCCAUUCUCAUUUGAGAACAUCCUUCAAAAGUGGUAUCCAGAGGUCAGACAUUUUUGCCCCUGCACACCAAUAAUUCUUGUCGGGACUAAACUUGAUUUGAGAGGCAACGAGGACACCAUUGAAAGGCUGAAAAAGGAGAAUGAAACCCCAAUUACAUAUCAUCAAGGCCUGGAAAUGGCCACGGAUAUAGGAGCUGUGAAGUACCUGGAGUGCUCUGCCUUAACACAGCAGGGAAUUAAAACAGUGUUUGAUGAAGCCAUCCGUGCAGUUCUGUACCAGCCGCCGGUGAAGAAAAGAGAGAAAAAGUGUUUCAUCCUCUGAACCUGCUGGAAAAUGUGUGUUUGCUGGGGAAGAAGAAACUUGACAGGUCAUUCAGGAAAUAAGACAAGACAAGUUUAAAAAAAAAUCUCAUACAAAUUAUUAUUUCACCCAGCUAAAGCCCACUUUAAAAAGAUUUAAGUCAGAGACAGACAUGUGCUGCUCUUUUUGUGGUGCCCCAAAAGAAACUGCUCUUCAGAUCAUCUGGGGUUUGAAUUUUCAUCAACUGUUUUUUUCUGUUUUGUAAGGAUGUUCUGUUUGGAUUCUUUAGCAUUGCAAAAAAGUCCAAAACAUUGCACUCAUCUAUUAUAAAAGAAGUCCACACAGCUCCAGGGGGUUAAUAAGGGCCUUUUGAAGCGAAGCAGUGCAUUUGUGUAAGAAAAAUAUCCAUAUUUAACACUUUAUAAACUGUAAUCUCUAGCUUCCACUAAUUGUCAUACGCGCGCUCACAGGAGAGUGGCGUCCCAGGCGCAGUGUGAUCUCCGGUGAGAAUAGGCUAGUCUCGCACGAACCAAGUUGUGUACAGCAAAGGAAAUCCAUGCGAAGAAGCGAAUUGUUUAAAUUAUACUUUACAUCAGGGGUUGGCAAGUAAGUUUGGCAUUGGGCCAAAAAAAAAUGUUGACUCACUAGAUGGCGAGCCAGAACAUAGUCAAAGGAUAAUUUAAGAAAGUAAUUAAUGAAAAAUGCAACUAGAAUUGGCUGUGACGGACUGUUCCAGUGUCUUUUGUAACUGGUAGUGAGCUGUUACUCUGUGUUAAAUCCUGUAGUAGGACAGUCAUUAACAAAAAGCCACAUUUGUGUGGCGGCAUCCGGGUAUUACACUGGAUAAAUUAAUAAAGCGGAGUAGUGACACGAAA